AUGCAAGCACUCACUAUAGAGCGGAACAGGACUUGGGAAGAGCUCUCCAACCCCUCCUCCGAAUCUUUGUGGAACGCGGGUUUACCAGGCAUCACCGGCUGGGUGCAGAUUGAACACGCCCGAGACUAUAACCUGCCACGGGGAAUUCCUUCUCUGGGUAAAUACGAAGUUUAUAUCACUACCUGGGGUCAUCAGCACCAUUGUCUAAAGAUCCUUCGUCGAGAAUUUUCCAGCGUCGUACGCGGCGAAAGCCUCCUCAUUAACUCGAUGGCCAAUGGUACAAAGACACCACAGAGCGAGGCAAGCGGCAAGCUACAUCACUUAAUGCAUUGCUUUGACUAUCUCCGCCAAACUAUUGCCUGCGCUAGCGAUUUAACGCUCGAGGGAAUCAACAAAGAGUCUAACGACACAUUUUUCGACAUCGAUGGGUACGGCGUAGAACACAUGUGUAAGAGUCAGAAUGCAAUUGGGGAAUGGCUUAUUUCCCAUGCGCCGGAGGAAGAUGGCUUCCGGCAGAACAUUGAGCUCUGAGAAUCCCCCUCCUAGUUUAGUUACUCGAUCCUACAGAGGAGCGUGUAGUUCUAUUGUUCAGGUACAUAUGUGGAAUGCUAGUUGGGGAAGGGUGACUCUCGAAGAGGUGAUGUUGUACAAUACAGCUUGCUUUCACCUACUAAAUCUUCG